AUGUCAGACAGUACCCCUCCUCCUGUCCCAAAGAAGAGGCUGGUGCGUACCCUCUCCUUGCCUGCAGUCCCUGUCCCGCGGUUAUGUCCGGUGCCCCCUGGUCGUUCUCCUUGUAAGCAUCCUCACAACUUCGACAACCCGGUGUACAUGCUCACCCCAGUGCGAGAGCCGGCCUCAUCAGCCCCCCUCCUGCCCCUGUCCCAGCUCUCCUUUGACACCCCUGAUGAACAUUUGAGCCACUUUUUUGUGAAUUUCAAAGACCGGAAUGCAGUAUCCCAGUCAGUCGAGCAUCGCCACCUGAUCUUCCUCAGAACCAUGGCCCACAAGAUGGAGGAGGAUAUGCUUCUUAAAGAAGAGCUAUCAGAGAAGCCAGUCAGCACAUAUCAACCACAGGACUUCCUGUUGGAUGAAGACAGUGAGCCAAAAACUAUUGCUGGAAGAAUCUACUACUCUGUGCACAGCCCCAUGUUCCCAGGAAGGACACUUGGACUUAGGGUAAGCUCACCUUAG